AGUCAAAAAGUAUUUUCUUUUGUAUCUUUACCUGGUGUUAAUCAAAAGAAACGACCAAGACGUAAAUAUCAUGAAGUGGAACGAUUAUAUCAUUGUAACUAUAUUGGAUGCUCGAAAUCUUAUGGUACUUUGAAUCAUCUCAAUGCGCACGUGCAGAUGCAAGAUCAUGGACCAAAAAGACAUCCAUCUGAAUUUAAGGAACUACGUAAGAUGUGGAGAAAACAAAAACGAGAAAGUCAA